UCCCCGGCUUCCUGGACCCUGCUCUUCUCUUUUUGUAUUUUCUCAAGAAAGGGGUGAAGGUGAAGUUACCCAGUAAAAAAUUUCAUGGGUUGUUGCCUCUGACGAGAGAAAUGGAGGGAGUGAUAAUGGAAGGAAGGUCUCUGGCCGAGACACCGACCUGGUCAGUGGCAUCAGUCACCACAGUCAUGGUUUUCGUCGGCUUUCUUGUGGAGAGAUCCAUUUACAGGUUUGGAAAGUGGUUGAAGAGCACGCGGAGGAAGGCUCUGUUAGCUUCUUUAGAGAAGAGUAAGGAAGAGCUGAUGCUGCUUGGGCUUAUAUCUUUGAUGUUGGUCCAAUGUGGAAGGUGGAUUUCUGAGAUCUGUGUAAAUUCAUCCCUUUUUAAUAGUCGAUUCUAUCUUUGUUCUGAGGAGGAUUAUGGCAUCAGAGAGAAUUCAAAUCCUGGCUCUUUCUUGAAUGGGACUGAUAUUCCUCCAAGAGGAAUUAUGGCUCAAUCUCAUCAAUGUGGUGAGGGCCGUGAACCAUUUGUUUCGUAUGAAGGUCUUGAGCAGCUUCACCGCUUCCUGUUUGUUCUCGGCAUCACUCAUGUUCUAUAUAGUUGUGUUGCAGUUGGCCUGGCUAUGAUCAAGAUAUAUAGUUGGAGAAAAUGGGAAAGCCAAGGAAUCAUAGCGGUCAAUGGUAAUUUGCAAGCAGCAAAGAAGAAGGUAAUGCAGCGACAAACUACCUUUAUCUUUCAUUACACUUCUCAUCCUUGGAGCAGGAAUCGGGUUCUCAUUUGGAUGCUUUGCUUUCUAAGACAAUUCAAAAGUUCUAUGCAGAAGUCAGAUUACUUAGCUCUGCGUCUGGGAUUCAUCACUAACCACAAGCUCCCACUUUCUUAUAAUUUUCAUCAGUACAUGGUUCGAAGCAUGGAAGAUGAAUUUCAUGGAAUUGUGGGGAUCAGUUGGCCACUGUGGGGCUAUGCCAUAUUAUGCAUCUUCAUAAAUAUUCAUGGUCUGAACAUUUACUUCUGGCUUUCUUUUAUCCCAGCUAUUCUUGUAAUGAUGGUUGGAACAAAACUCCAACAUGUUGUCUCCUCGUUAGCGCUCGAAAUUGUGGAACCAAAAAUUCCAUCAAUUGGAACUCAAGUGAAGCCACGUGAUGAUCUAUUUUGGUUUGGAAAACCAGAUAUAUUGCUGCGGUUGCUUCAAUUUAUCUCAUUCCAGAAUGCCUUUGAGAUGGCAACAUUUAUUUGGUAUUUGUGGGGAUUAAAGCAACAAUCAUGUUUCAUGAAGAAUCAUGUUAUGAUAAUCAUUCGGUUGGCUUGUGGGCUCCUUGUUCAAUUCUGGUGUAGCUAUAGCACAGUGCCUCUGAAUGUAAUUGUCACACAGAUGGGAUCUCGGAGUAAGAAAGCCUUGAUUGCUGAGAAUAUCAGAGAAUCCCUUCACAAUUGGUGUAAGAGAGUGAAGGAGAAGUCUAAACGUGAUUCAUUUCUCUCUCGUACUGGAACAACGACAUCAACCUGCUCACUUGAAUCAACAAUAGAUGAGAGGGAUGAAAUUCUCACGGUUGUGUCCGGUACACUGUCCAGGUGCUCUUCUGCAGGCUCACUGAAUGUAACCGUGACAUCAACCGAGCAGGCAGAAGCCAUGUUCAAUAUUUCCAACCCACCCCAGCAUGAAUAUUCACUCUGCAUUUCAGAAUAUUCAUCUCAAUUAACAGGGCGUACUUCACAAACCCCUGAAAAUGGUGCAGCAAAUAAUGCCGAAGAGGAAGAGGAAGAGGAAGGCAAAGUUGAAACUCUUCGCCAGUUGUUUCAGAAGACAUGAGAUAUUUAAUCUCUAUGGAGUUCAGUUCCACUCGGACAGCCUUUGCAAUCUGGGAUCAAUUAAAGCAUCAUUAUUAAUAUGAAAUCAAUUUUGUACGUUAGUUACAAGUAUGUCAUAAAGCACUCCUGAGCAUUCGGCUUGUCGCUCAAUUGGCAAUUUUUGUCCACAAUUUAGGAAAUAGGAAAUAGGAUUUUGGGCCUUGCUAGCACACUAGUAGCCAAGAACAAGAAGCUUGCUUGCACGCGGUUCAAGGAUUUUGUGCCUUGCUAGGGCAUUUUUGUAGGUGCUCUUCAAUUUUUUUUAAUUCAAUUGAUACUUUUCUAUUC